AUGAAUAAAAAUAUUAUUCAAAUAUAUAUAUUUGUUUUUAUAUUAUUACUUAAACAACAUAUUGUUGUUUUAAAGAAUGAAGAACUUACGCAUCCUUAUUCAAUAACAAAGAAGGAUACUAAAGCUAUUGUAAAUGUUAAUAAUAAAUUGAAGAGUAUUAAUAUACAUGAAUUAGAUAAUAUUAGUAGAAACAUUUUUUCUGGAAGUGAUAAUAAAAAUUAUAUUUUAAUAAAAUUAAAAAAGCAGGAUAUUUUUUCCAAAAAAUUAUCUACUUAUUAUGGCCAAGUACAAAUAGGUGAAGAUUCAGAAAAUAAUCUGAACGUUCUUUUUGAUACAGGUUCAUCAGAAGUAUGGAUUUUAAAUGACACUUGUAAAAAUAGUAUGUGUAAUAAUCUACAUAGGAAAUAUAAGAGGACUAAAUCAUUUGUUUAUAAGUAUGAUAAGAAGGGUUUACCUUCAAUUAUAGAAAUAUUUUAUCUUAGUGGGAAAAUAAUUGCUUUUGAAGGUUAUGAUACUAUCUAUAUAGGGAAAAAAUUAAAAGUUCCCCAGACGAAUAUUUCUUUCGCUACCAAGGUUGAUAUACCAAUAUUAGAGGAAUUCAAAUGGGAUGGUAUAAUUGGCUUAGGCUUUGAAAAUGAGGACUCCAAAAAGAGAGGAAUAAAACCAUUUCUAGAUCUUUUAAAGGAUGAUAAAAUAUUAACUAAUAAAAAUUAUAAAAAUCAAUUCGGAUAUUACUUGUCAGAUAAAGAAGGUUAUAUUACAUUGGGGGGAAUAGAUAAUAGGCUGAAGAAUGCUCCUGAUGAAGAAAUAAU